AUGAAAGUCGGGAUUAUAAUGGGGUCCGUCAGGACUAAGAGGGUGUGCCCCGAAAUCGCAGCCUACGUGAAACGUACAAUUGAAAACGAUCAAAGCUUAUGCAAUCAAAAUAUAGAAUUACAAAUAAUAGAUUUGAACCAGGUUGCGCUACCUUUAUAUGAAGACGAUGACGACUUGAUUCCGGCUCAAGUAAAAGACGUGGAUGGGUACGUGGACAGCAGGACCCGCUUGUGGAGCCGCACAGUUAGCUCAUUGGACGUCUUUAUCUUCGUUACACCCCAGUACAACUGGGGUUAUCCAGCCGCUUUAAAAAAUGCCAUAGACCGUGUUUACCAUGAGUGGCGUGGCAAAAGCGCCAUAGUGGUAAGCUACGGCGGCCAUGGUGGUGAUAAGUGCAACCGUCAAUUACAAGAGGUACUACAGGGAUUGAAAAUGAACGUCGUAGGUGGAGUCUCUAUGAGUAUCCCAGUAGGUGUUAUACCGUUGCCAGAGGGGACGGUCCCCGGGUUUAGUGUAUACAAUGAAGAGAUUUUGCAGUUAGUGGCUUCUUGCAUUAAGAAUACAAAUAGUAGACAGUAG